AUGUUGCGUGGCGACGCUUCUCCUGGGCGGCGCACGGUUCCUGAACGUGGAUGCUCCUCACGUAGCACUUCGCCGCAGGCAGGAAUAUAUGCCGCGGCAGAAGAUCCAUCGAGGUUUCCAGGGGAUGAAUUUCCCUGUAGCGCACAGGCAGACGAUGGGGGGGUGGCGUGCGUGAGCGAGGUCCCCGGGCCAGGCAGUGCGGAGACGCCCGUCCUGCGCGCCGCCGAAAGAAACUCAUACACAGGAGUGGAGUCGCCGCCCUUCAAUCCUCAGGAAUCGCAUCUCAGCGCUUCAGCUUCUCUGAGGGACGAAAAGGAUACGACUAGCCACAAAUCGGCAGGCAUUCUUCUGAGGAAAAACGACAACGCAAAUGAAGGGGCUCUUCUGAGCUCCGAUGGCCUAGAAGCGCUGGACGCCUUCGCGUCCAGCGCCGCGGGCGGAAGCCACGAGCCUCUCUCUUCGCAGCGUAGUGUAGCGGAAAUAAGGAAGGAAAUAGAACAACGGCUGACUUUGCGCGGAGUUACCGCCAAUACCGACGCAACGCGCCCAGCUUUUCGCUGCCCCCGAGGCCCGGCGCCUCCACCGGCAGGAGGCGAGCAAUCCAGCACGGGUGAAGCCCUUGCCGCGCCUGUGCUUUCGCUCGAGAAUGAGACGCAAGAUGAGGCGGCGCGGCCGCCGCAUGUAGCAGGCGCUUUAAAACGCCGUGGUUUGUUCUCUGUCUUGUCGAAGAGAACGAGGGAAAUCGGCACGGAGACCGAGGCGGACGAGGGCACCGCGGAGGCCGGCACUGGGGGAGCGCUGAAAGCGGUCAGCAGCGGCGAAGCGUAUCCGUGGCUCUCGGAAGAGUCGCGAGCGAAUUCAAGCCACAGCAGCGUAUGGCUCCGCCUUCGGCCGCGUGCGCGUACGCCAUCCCCCAUGCACGGAGUUCACAGGUCGGAUUCUCCUCGCCUGAAGGGGCCGCCGCAGCCGGAGCUCGAGUGUCGGGAGGGUCGUCUUACGGAUGCCACGGCGUCGCCUCUGAGGCGCUGGGGGAAAGGAAAACCGGACGCGUGCUGGAUUCUUGCGGAGGGUCCGCGCAAGGCGUCGGAUGCCGCGUCUGAGAGCGUGGACAGCGUGAGGUCGGGCGUGGCUGUGCUGCGCCCCGCUCCGGUCAAGUUGGUCGCGAGCGCGGUCCCGGCCCGCGAGGCUUUCUCCGCGGCCUCCUUCGCGACCUCGUCAGGCUCCGAGGACCCGUCGUUCUACAGAAAGUGGGGAGAAGAGGCGUUGGCGGACGGGCUACGCGACGACUCCUCUCUGGGCUCGCUGCGGGCGGCGUCUUCGCUAGAUGUGCGGUCGCUGUCCUCGAGGCUGGCGGUCGUCCGGCGAAUCGAAAACACCGGCUGGGUGCGGCGCCUCAGGUAUCAAGAGAGUCAAGCGUCCAGGGGGCAUGUCCAGGGGCGGAAGAUGCCUGUGGUUCCCGCGGAGACGCGCAGCGCCACUUGGUUGGAGGAGGGCGACGACGACGCAUACGAGCUGGAGGAACGAGAGCGAGAAGAAGCAGCGAGGCGCCAGCGGCAGGUGACAGGCGACAUACGGAGACCGCCGCACCGCGUUGUUUCGUCGGCCUACACGCAGCAGCAGAAGGGCCGGAAACUCCUGGGACCCCCGCAGACUCCCAAAAAGGUCAAACCGGUCUACGGCCGUCAGAUCUUCCCUUCGCCUCCAAUGAGCGUCAGCUUAAGGGCACUCUCACCGCUCAACCCUUUCCGAAGGCAACCCGCAUCCGCGGAACUCCCGAUCUACCGGCGUCAGACCUUCCAGUCCGAUGCAGCGCGCAGGAGAUUCGCGAGGAACGCGAUGGCCUUGGCGGCUGCGACGGACUCUUCAAGCCCCGACGCCACGUCGGCGGACGAGUACGAGGAAGUGAGCUGCUCAGAUGAGGAGUCGAAGCACCGGAAUUUCUGCACGUCUGCCAGGUGGCGAGCUGACUCGCAAGAGUACGCAGUGUCAUCGGUGGCUGGGGGCAAGCGGCGGCGGUCUCCGCGAGGCUCGUCCGCGUCGCUGAAGGAUGUACCGGAUGUGGCGACUCCACUAAGCGCUGUGAUAACUUUCACGUCGAGCGGGAAGACUACGCCGGAGGAGUCCUGUCUCCGCCCCUGCGAGACUCAAGAGUCAGGCUCUGCUUCGAUGCCUUUGAGGUCGGAGGACGGGGCGAAGCAGGCAGAUGGAGAGGCCUGCGCGUCUCAGCCGAGUAUUAUUCGCAAGGAGCGGGAGCAAGCGACCUUCCCGUCGUCUCCGCUUUCUCAACCCGCGCCCAGUUUCAAGCGAAAGAAGAGGGUGCUGCGCGUCAAGGUGUAUACGGGGGAACAAGAAAAGCUGCGCAGGGAGAGGCGGCGGAGGCGCGAGGCCCGACGCUUGUUCCCAGAUCGUGUUCCAGCCGUGCCCAGCAACUACCCGCUCGCCCGCGCGUUUCUUGAGGCUCUUCUCAGGGCGCGGGACUGUCUCUGUCUUCAGCAUGAAUGUCUGACGCACAGGAAUGCAGCCGAAACGCGGGAGCUCAUGGAGAGACAUCUCAUGCUUCAGCGCGGGUUCCCCGUAGCUGCCAGCUCCCACAGCGCUGACGGGGACAGUCCGCGUGAGGGUGCCUAUAUGGAGAUUCAGCUUAUGGAGGAAAACGACUACGAUGUCCCCUUCUGCGUGGCGAAUCCUAGGGAGAGGGAAUUUGUGAGCCUUCUCAAGAUGGUCGUGGGGGUCAUGCACUGGCUAUCCACGGCAGAGAUGGAGCAGGAAGUUCAGCGUUGUUUGCGUGAAGCGGAAGAGCAAAGAAGAGUCGAGAUGGCUGCCGCAGGCUGCCCAGCGGCGCAGCCAACGGACGGAUCGCGAGGCCGCGAGUCGAACGACGCUGCCAGCGAAGCAGCUUGCGAGAAGCUACCAGAGCAGGCGCGCGACGACAGCGGCGAGAGACGCGAAGGCGGCAGCCAGACUCUCUUUCUCUUCUCAGCAGAGGAGAGAAAGGAAUAUGAGGAAUCGUGCCGCGCUCGCCUGCAGCAGCAGCAAGGCAGACGCUCCGUGUGUGGAGACUCGUGGUCUCCCCCAGCCGACACGGCCUCGUGCUCGUCGUCGGCAGAAGACGCAGCGAAUGCAAACGGCCUGUCCAGUACGCCGCUGUCGCCGACGCUCCUCCCUGGAGACCGUUCUCAAGGCGCGUCGCACCGCCGCAUGCUUCGGGACUUGGGUCGGUUCGUCUCGAAAGCCCUCCGCCAGACAGGUCGGAUGCUGUGGGGUACGCAGGGCUCACCGAGUCGAGGCGCGAAACAGCACGACUCCACGUUCGCCUCGACUGGGCUAGACUCAGCAGAGUCGCUGUCGGGCUCUCCAGGCUUCGGAUCUGCUUCGCUAGACAGCGCCACGGGGCUACCUCGUUUCUCGAAUGCGUUCCUGGGCGUCCCAAGCUCCGCACUGGGUGGCGAGCAUGGUGCCCAUCCAUUUUUGGAUGGCGUCGAGCUGAAGAAGGCGCAGAAAAGGGAACGGCGCGAGAUGCGCAAGCUGAUGCGGCUCUACGACGCUCUCCACGACGGUGAAUUGGAGGAGGCAGAGGGUGAACCCGAACCCGAGCCCGAGGAGCUCGACGAAGAACUCCGUUUGGAGAACUGGCUCGGAAGUGCUGCCGGACGCCGCAGACGGCGGCGGCUCCUGCGGAAGAAACGACGUGAAGCCGCGGCUGCCGCUGCCGCCGCUCAGGCAGAGCUGGAGAGGCAGAAAGAGGAGGAAAACGCUCCGUGGAGCGGACUGCCUGUGAUGGUGGGUGUGGGGAUCGGAGACUUUGGCGACACGUUCAUGCUGGCUGCCGCCGGAGAGGCGUGCGGCGGGGCGCAGGACCAACUCAAAGUGACAGGCUCUAGGGAGACCUCAGUCAUCUUGGAGAGUGACGGGAGUGACUCCGAAGUGCAAAAUGGAGACGUAGGGGACCCCGAGACGCUCCACGCGGACGUGUUAGCCGAGCUAGGCUGGGAUUCAAGUCCCACAGAAAGAGCUGCUGCCAAGACCAGCAAGGCUGCGACGAGGCGGGGGCAAAAAGAGACAGAGGGCGCGCGGAGCAGGUGCGAAGAAGUGAUCGACGAAGAGGGCGGCCCGCCAGCGGAGGCGAAGCCGGAGAAGGCGUGGCUCUACGACGAAGAGAGCGAAGAUGGUCAAGAUGUCGGGAGGGGCGCGCGAGAGGAGAUCAAGAAACUUCUGAAGGAACAACGCGCCAUGCUGCGCCUGCAGAGCAGACGGUUGAGGAGAAUCGCCGUCGACGCUCCCCAAGAGGGCGGCGCCAAGGCAGGCGCACGAGUCGGGGGUCACUCGCGCUCAGAGCGCGGUUGUUCACCGGGGGCAGGGGAUGACCUCGCCGAUUCGAGAAGCGUGGAGCCUUCCGCCGAAGUGCCGGUGUGGAAGCGCGAAGCGGACGACGACCGCAGAUCAGACAGGAGGGGAAGUCUCCUCGUGUACAGGGCCGCCUCUCCCCUGGAGCCCCUCAUUCUGCUUCAAGAGGCGAAUUUCUGGUUCAAAAUGAAGGGUCUUGCAGACGAGGAGAGGGACUCAAAGAAGUCGUUCUUUGCGCGGCUGUUCAAAAACCCUCUGGGCCUGGGAAGUCAGGACCGCGAUGCGCGAGCGCAAGAGAAAAGACGAAGAGAGGAGCAGCUCGCCGCCGCUGCCGCCUUAGCCGCAGCAGGUCUCCCGUUUCCCAAACAGGUCCUCCGGCUUCCGCCGCGUUUCUUCUUCGUCGGACGACCUGCCGCAGAGGUCAUUCUUGUCGUCUCGUCUCUCUCUGUCCGCCGGCGGACCAUGUUCAACUGCGAGCGGCUGGCGAAUCUGCUGAGCUGCAAGGGCAUCGUCUACUACCUCGUCGACGCCAACAAUGACGGCGCAGGUCACGAAGCGCCGAAUGCGAGGCUGCUGCGACGCUGGAAGCGACAGCGGAUCUUGCGCAGCGCCCCUCACACUCAUCAUCGCGGCAUUCUCAUUCCGCAGGUAGUCGUUGACGGCCAGUCCAUCGGCACCUACAACGAAGUGCAGCAAAUGGAAGACGACGGCGUCCUCGACCCCGUCUUCGCACGCGGCCGCUGUCCGACCUGUCUGCAAAUGCGAGCCUUGGAAGAUCGCCAGUGCGGAUGGUGUCAUACCCAGUUCCGGGAGCUUCUCUCCGUAAAAAGGCAGGAUGAAGGGGAACUCAAGGAGAUGUACAGGGGGCAUCCGACGCGCGCCAGGCGUGUGCUGAACGAGGGCUUCGAUCGAGCAACGACCUGGGUGCUGUACCACAAGUUUUGUGCGCUGUGCGGAGCCGAACGACGCGCCGAGCAGCCGUGGUGUCCGCAGUGUCACAUGACAACUCGCGACAUCGCCUUGGCGAGGCUUCUUGGGAUCGGCAUCUAUCGCGCGACAAAGUGCCCACAAUGUGGCGAACAGGCUAAAGAUGUCAUAGACAACGCGGAGCCGCUGUUCCCACCAGCAGAUCCAAGGUCGAAGGCGCCGCCCUUGAAUAGCUACCUCGUCAGCUCGGCCUCGCCGCUUUGCCUUUUGUGUGGUGCUCUUCUGACUUACUUCAUGCCGAUCGCAUCCAAGACCAGGGAAUAG